CUCUGGUUAUCUAUGCUAUAGUAAUUUCACUUUCAUGGGGACUGAGGAUCCAAACAACCUUCCUGCAUCUGAUAAUCUUGAAAGAGGAAUUGAAAAUAUUGAAGUUGGUGCAAAUGGAGACACUUCCAAAACCACUAAUUUCGAAGUCAGUGAAAGCAACGAACCUUUACGUGAAAGUGAUAGUGACAUGGAUUUGGAGAGUGACCCUGGCUCACAAGUUGGUGUUGACUUGACUGGAACACCAUCACAAGUUUGUGUUGAGUUGGCAGAAACAGUUGGGAUAACAGAAGAAGUAACUAUGGUCGACUCUGUAAUACAUGCUGAGAAUGGACUUCUAAGUUUGCCAGACGCAAACUAUAGUAGUAAUCAGACAGAGGAUCAAGAUCAUGUCAGCACUCAGGAGAUUGGUGGUGUCAAAUGCUUAUCUGGAGUUAAGAGACCUCGAGCAACUCUUGAUGUUGAGCAACCGUCAGUGCAUGUUGUUUAUGAUUCUUUAACAAGAGAGAGUAGAAAGAUGCUUGAGGGGCUGCUACAACAAUGGUCAGAGUGGCAUGCCAAACAUUGUUCUUCAGCACAGGAUUCAAGAGAACUGUUAGAAUCUGGUGAAGAGACAUAUUUCCCUGCUCUUCAUGUUGGUUUGGAGAAACCUUCUGCAGUGACAUAUUGGGUGGACAAACAAGCAAGUAACAACAAGAGCGAGUUUAUUCCAUUGGACGGCAACUCUAUUCCUCUUUAUGAUCGUGGAUAUUCAUUUGCUUUGACUGCAACAGAUAGUUCAACCAAUGUGGAAAGAGGAAUAGAAAUGGUUGAUAGUUCCCGAUGUUUCAAUUGUGGUUCCUAUGGCCACGCGUUGAAAGAAUGCCCUAAGCCUCGUGAUAAUGCAGCUGUUAAUAGUGCCCGUAAACAGCACAAGUCCAGAAGGAAUCAAAGUGCCAGUUCUCGCAAUCCAACUCGAUAUUAUCAAGAUUCUCCGAGGGGAAAGUAUGAUGGUUUAAGACCAGGUGCCCUGGAUUCGGAAACCCGAAAACUUUUGGGCCUUGGGGAGCUUGAUCCACCUCCCUGGAUUAAUAGAAUGAGGCAAAUGGGAUAUCCACCAGGAUAUUUGGAAGACGACGAGGAUCAACCCUCAGGAAUCACAAUAUUUGCUGAUGAGAAAAAUAAGGAAGAAACAGAGGAAGGGGAAAUUCUUGAUAAAAGCCUUCCAAACCUGCCCAGGAAGAUGACCGUUGAUUUUCCAGGUGUAAAUGCCCCAAUACCUGAACAUGCUGAUGAAAGACGUUGGGAAGCUGCGCCUUCGAGUUCGCGUUAUUCGAGAAGUCAUUCACACAACCGUUAUAACCAUGCACAAGACUAUGUCAACAGAGGGCAUUAUCAUGAACAGCGUCGGUCUAGGGAUUUUGAAGAUGACGGACCUCCUGGUUGUGAUCCUAGAACUAGCCCCUUGUUGUCAACCUAUUCUUACAGAUAUGGGGCUUAUGACCCACGAUAUUCAUCUCAUAGCCCAAGGGACAGUGCUUCAAUGCCAAGAAGCCAUAGCUUUGGAAGAUCCUUGUCAGAGAGAGAGAGGAGAAACCCAAUCGUCAAAGAAGGUUCCUAUCACCACAGUUUCUAUGGUUCCCCUAGGUAAACUCUGUCUAGACAAUCUGAUUGAAUGAAGGAUCUGUACUCUGAUUCAGCAUUCUCUUCGCCAUCAUUCCGUCCAGUUUAAUGGCAUAUUUAAAGAUGUACCUAUUAUCUCUGUAUUCCCCCUGCAAGUUAUUGAAAUGUUGUACAUGAGCUAAGUUCUUAUAGGAGUUGCUAAACUGGAACUGCUGAUCUGUUGAUGUUAUGUAAAAUAGCGGGAGUAUGAUUUUCUUUCAAGUUUGUUGAUACAGUUUUACGCCUUUUGGCAUUGAACGUGCUUGGUCAAGUACUAUAACUUACUUCUUUUGAGGCUUCAA